GCCGAUCUCAAGUGUGAUCCCACGAGAACAUUUCUUGUCUCCAAAGUCUUUCCUUCUCCUCCAUCCCAUCCGUCCUUUUCUUUCUCUUUUUCUUACCUUUGCCCUUUGGUUUCCUGCCCCAGUCCACUCGCAGCCUCGAGUCUUGGAGGCUUUACGCUCGCUUAUUUAUCUCACAUCAAACAUUACUAUCUGUGCUCAAGUUUAGAAAAUGGCUGCUCAGAUUCCUCGCAACGUUCCCCUGGCUGGAAAACCCCCAUUCGCGACAGACGACCCUGAUUCCUUGUUCGACCAGCCCCCGCAACAGCAGCGCAGGAUUCGCCAACCAGCGGAGCCAAACCCCAACAACAGGUCAUCCGCCUACAACAUGUACGAUCAGUAUCUCAAUGGCGACGAUAAUCGUCAGUCUGGUCUGGAUUAUCUUGGAUUGAACAAGCUUGGUAUGAUGGCUGACCACGACAACGACUAUGAAGACGCCAACCCUUUCAACUCCAAGCACGACAAGCACGCCGCGCUCGCUGCCGCCACUCACCCGAAACAACCAGCUCCCAUUCCUCUCGCAGCUCCCCGCCCAGGAUACCCCGCUCCCAUAGCAGCCCUAAACCUCUCACGCCCAUCGCCUGCUGCGACUCCCGAGGGCCGUAUGCCAGCACAUCCACAGAUGUCCCAAGUCUCUCCAGCCCUUCGUGGUGAUGAUCUCUUCGCUGACUCGCCUCGCCUGCCUCCACCCGCGUAUAGCGCCAGCUCCAACUUGGCAUCUGUACCCAAUACACCUCACCCUCUUCAACCACCAAUGACACCCAUCACACCUGUCUUCGCACGCCCCUCCAAGUCUCCCGCUCCACGCGAUGUGAAGUUUGCCCCAGGCGGCGUUAUUCGUGGCAAUUCAGAGGAUGUCUUGAUACCUAAGCGGGGUGAAAGAGGUGAUGACUUCUGGAGACGUUUCAGCAUGGUCGCCAAAGAGGAGAACCAAAAACCCACCUCGCAGAAACAGAGCCCGUGGCUCCGCAAGACUCAAAAUGGUACCACCAGGUUGUCGCGAUGGGUCUGGUUCAUAGCCGUUGUACUCCUCCUUUGUAUUGCAGCUGGCGUUGCCAUUGGCUGGCGUAUAUCCCACAAUACGCCUCCUAACCAAGCUCCCAAAGCUUUUGGUGGUAGUGCCAAUGAAAGUGCGCCAGGAUCGUCAGCUGCUGGUCCCACCUCUUCUGCUCUCCACGUCUCCCCGACCUACACGGUUGAACGCCGAGCCGUUUUCGAUGCUGUACCUACUGGAACGUUCUUUCCUAAGCAGCUCCCUGGCACGUCGAAUAGCUCGGCUCGACUCAGUCGGAAACAUAUCAAGCGUCAUAUUCACCAUUGAAGUUUCUGAUCAAAACAACCGGUUCGAUCUAGUGAAUAACGCUGGAUUAGAGUAAGGAUUUGGCAACCUUUGCUUGAAAAUCUCCAUGGGAUUGGUGCCUUUUUUAAAUGCCCGUUUCCUGUCCGGUCUUUACAGUAGGAUGGAUGCUCCUUGUAUUUAUUUACCCCAUCUGACCUCCUUCUGAUUCACCUUCACCUUUCAUACCCGGCUAUGCAUUGCCUUACCCCUUCCUCAUAUCAUCAUUGGGAAAUUCUCGUCGUUUUAUCCCUCACACAGUCAGAUACGUCGACUACACUUUAUCUUUUUGACUUCAUUACUACCACGAGGAGUUAAUCUCCACGGAUAUUAGAUUUUUGGUGCUUGGUCCAGGAUUAUUGAAAAUUAUGCCUGUUUAUUCCUUCAAUACAAAUGUGAAUACCUAUC